AUGGCAAUCACUGAGGGCCCAGAAGUCAGAGUUUGGAAAAAAGGUCAGAGAGGAUAUGCGACGGAUGCGAGACACAGCGUGUUCCAGAUGGGAGGCAUCUGGUCUCCUUCUAAGCACUCCAGAAAGAACGAAAAAGAGCCUUGGCGAGGAGUGAUCAGAUCAGAGAAACAGGAACACAAUGAGCGAGGAGUAUCUUGGCACGCACUGGCCAUUGGGUUUUCCAACCCCGUCAUCAUUACGACAAUCCACAAUACCUACAUGACUCCUCUAAAAACUCGUGCCCUGAAAGGUUACGACAUGUUAUCGCAUAACGUGGAAGAUAACCAAAGCAAAAGUGUAAAUUCUGUCCUGAAUCGCCCCCCUAACUCCGCUCUUUCAAACGUAUCAGUAUUCGAUUCACCUCUAGGUACUCAAGGUCCAAUCUUCGGGAAACCCCGGUCGGAGUUUGGAGAGCAAUGCUUCGACCAAGCGAGUUUCCCGAUUGAUGGCGCUCCUUACAAACGGAAUGAUAAACCUCACUGUAUCAGGAGCAAUGAUGCCCAUAAUCUCCAGACUAUCGCCCUGCUCGAACUUGGCCGCUUGCGGCCAUAUUGGACCAGAAUGGACAAAGAACGAUCAGCCGGAUGCAGCAAGGCACAGAACAAGUAG